CACAGUACAGGUACCGAUCUGUCGAUCAAAGCUUAGCCAUUCUUCGCAAAGGUAGAAGAGGAUGGAUCGACUCGAUUAUAAAAGGGUUCAAAAGUAGCCUUGAUUUGUUAUUGAUUACCUCUAGCACCCAUUCCGUCAUCAGAUUCGCGGUGUUUGUCAAUGCUGAUUAAAAACAAGACCCUCUCGGAUUAAUCAGCGGGUACACCCGUAAUUCCGCCAUUGCUUUACUGCCCAGCACGCAAGCCGGAAUUAACUGGAUUUCGAGUCUCCGCUAUACUUCUCGCUAUUUAAAACUAUCACCUAAAAAUUUCAAACACUUCGUCAUCAAUUACUCCGUCCUUAGCCAAGCACGCGCGGACCUUCGAACAGAAAUGAUCUGAAACUGACAACGCUAGCCAACCAACACCACCUGGCAUAUAAAAAUCUCGCCAUCCUACCUAUUCAUCACCAUAUUCAACCAGAUACAAUGGCUGCUCGCGCAUUUCGAUCCGCUUCCAAUCUCCACUCCAUCUGCCGCACGAUCGGCUCCACUACGUGCACUCGACGAGUGGUAUCUGGCCCAACCCUGCCGUCACAGAUAAAAGGACAACUGCCCCUCCAACGACGAUCUUUCACCUUGUCACUCCCCAAUUCCUUCUCCUCGUCCUCUCCAACAUCCUCCGCAGCAACCAUGUCCACCACCGACGCCCUCGUCCAAGCGGCCCAGUCCCGCCGCACCAUCUACAAGCUCGGCAAGAACAGCCCCGUCGCCGACUCCAAGAUCGAAGAGCUCGUCAAUGCUGCCAUCUUGAACGUCCCUAGCUCGUUCAACACCCAGUCCACUCGCCUGGUUGUCCUGCUCCGCGAGGAGCACGAUAACCUGUGGGAUCUCACCAUUGAGACUUUCAAGGGUCUUGUCGCUUCCGGCACCGUCCCCGAGGAGGUCUUCCAGAAGCAGACUCUCCCCAAGCUGCAGGGUUUCAAGGCUGCCUACGGCACUAUCCUCUUCUACGAAGAUCCCGCCCACAUCAAGCCCUUCCAGGAGAAGUUCGCCACUUACAAGGCUCACUUCGAGCCCUGGGCUGAGCACUCCAACGCCAUGCACCAGUACUUCCUCUGGACUGCCCUCGAAACCCUCGGCUUCGGCGCAAACCUGCAACACUACAACCCCCUCAUCGACACCCCCGUCGCCCAAAAGUGGAACAUCCCCACUGAAUGGCGCCUGAUUUCCCAGCUCGUCUUCGGUAGUCCCGAGGCCGCAGCCGGUGAGAAGGUGCAGAAGCCCAUCGAGGAGCGUGUCAAGAUCUUUGGCAAGCAGUAAGCGGGCCUCCCCCUCCCUUUCUUCGGCUUCUGUGUGGCAUUAUAGCGAGCUGCAUGGUUUCUGUCUCUUUUCUCUCAUGUUUUGGAUGAAUUUCCUUUUUGUUGAUUUGAUGCAUUUUUCUUGGCGGUUAGACGUUUAUCUGGGAUAGAAGCUAGAAUAUAGAUUAUGGUAUUUGGUCUAUGCAUUCAAAUUGCUGGGAUCAGGUCUGAGGAC